CAAGCGGAUCCAGUCUCGGAUCGCAGUGGAUCGCAGCUCGAUCGUGAUCAAUAGCAUUAACAUAUCGCCAUUAUUCCCUAGAAAUUUUUUUCCUCAAUUUCACCGAAAUAAUCCCGUAAUAUCAGCGGAUGAAUCGGAUAUUUCGUGCGGGUUUAGCGCAUCCUUUCGGAGUUGAAUCGAAUUAUUCGGUUGUGAUAAAUUGAAAGGGCACUUUUGAUUAAUUUAGCCGACUCCGGUCGACUCCAGUUGACCCAUUAUCAUCAUGUUUAAUUAUUUAAUCGAUUGACAAUGAGAAGAAAAACCACUGAACUCACGUAGAAAACGUAUUUAAUUUGUGGUUUUCUACGAAUACUCAUUUCCAUUGUAAAUAAAACACGCGUGGUCAUUGUUAUUGGCUCUGUGUGAGUGCCCAAGGCGCAAUUAAACCGGUGAUGACCUUCUUCGUCGUGCGUGACGUUAACUCGAUUACCGAGAGAUAAAGUUGAGUGAAUUUUUUCUGUUUAUUUGGAAACUAGUGAUGGAGUUUUCGUGAGUUUUUGGAGUAAGAGGACCACCGAAGGUGCAUGGAGGGAAAAUGGAAGCGGGUCGUUGGGUUUAAGAGGAAAAAAAAUGUGGAGAUGAAGAUGCAGUGGAUGAGCCUCAUGAUCUGCCUGUACGCGGGGAUGGCGUCAGGUCGGACUGAAGAGGACCAAGCGUCCCUGUCCGGUGGGAGCACGGAGUUGAGGGUGGGAUUGCCACCCCCGGAGCGAUGUUUUUACCAAUCUCAGAUGGAGUGCCCCGAGGUUGUCAAAUCCGACGACUGCCCCUGCAAGCGGAUUCCCAUUCUGUCGCACACAAGUAACGACGAGAAUGCAGUCUACUGCUGCAAUUUGAGCGCCAAGAGCUUCGAAUUUGGUCUCGCGUGCGCAAAUUUUCCAUCAAAUGUUUCUUACAUUCACAUAAGAAACGCAACGCUAGACGUCUUCAACGUGUCAGAAGUGAAAUGGAGACGACUGAAGUCCCUGGCAAUAACCGAUGGCAGGAUUAAUCGAAUAAAGGGGCAAUUUCUUAUGAUGACUCCAACACAGUGUUUGAACUUGUCUAAUAAUGGAUUGAUUGAAAUUGAGAAUAAUUCAUUCACGAGAUUGGCGCAAUUGACCAGUCUCGAUUUGUCGUACAACAAUGUGACGCAUCUGCCGGCUUUGAACACCAUGCAUGGACGUGAGUUUUGGAUUGACAUAUCGGGGACUAAUACACUCAUGUGUCACGAUGUUUACCAGUCCAUCAACAAAACUGGGGAGAAACAGAUUCAUUUCAAUAGGGAGAACGAGACACUCUGCUCGGCUAGUAAGACGUGGCACUGGUUUAAUACGACUGAGCAGGUACCCCUCAAGCAAGUGAGGUAUUUGAGCCAGCUGCAAACCGAGUGCCCAAAAGGUGACAACUGGCAGUGUCAGUGUAAUUUCCGUCGUAUGGACAUUGUCGAGGGAAAAUCACCGACAUUAGCUGUUAAUGUAGACUGCACUGGUAUGCAGUUGACCGAAUUACCAGAUCGGCUUCCGCGUAACACGAUAGCACUCAAUGUUUCCUACAAUAACAUCACAGUUCUCGAUUACUUGAGCACAAAUCAUUGGUACGAGGAUCUCAGGGAGUUUUACGCUGAUUACAACAAUAUCUCGUCCAUCAACAAACUCGAGGGCUCAAAGUUCCUGGAUAAUUACGCAUUUUUGAGUCUCAGAUACAAUAAAAUCAAAUCUCUACCAACGUACAUUUUAUCUCUCAACGGGCCUGAUAAGAAUUAUGCACUCUCCAAGGCUGUGAAGCUUGGAGGGAAUGCACUGCAUUGUGAUUGCAAUACUGCUAAACAUUUGAAGGGAUGGCUGCAAGCCAGGAUUCUCGAUGCCGACGAAGUCCUCUGCGAGAAAAUCAAGGAACGAGUGACCGAGCUAGACGCCUCGAAGAUGUGCGUCUACCCCGGAGACUGGACUGAUUACAUUUACUACAUUAUCGCGACUGAAGUCCUUUUGCUGAUAAGUCUCGUGGCGAAGGUCUCCUACGACUACUGGGUCUUCAAAACCGCUGGAUAUCUACCCUGGCCGGCCAACAAGAUGCCGAAAUUACCUUGCGAUUGGCUGUGCGAAACUUAGGCUCAGUAUACUGUCAACCCUCUGUAUAAGAUACCUCGAGCUCCGAGCACUCGAGGAUUACCCUCACUGUCGGCCGGUCAUUUAUCGACGAAAACAGAGUGAUCAUAAGCGUCAAACGGGAGGGACGAACGAAGUGAUCAUAAGGGUCAAAUGGCCCUGAGGGUCGAAUGAUCUCGAGGGUCAAACGUGAGAGACGAGUGGUGUGAUCAUAGGGCUCCAACGGUCUUAAGGAUCUAAACUCCCUCUCGACCCUUUUAGCGAUUUGACCCUUACGAUCACACCUUUGACUCCAGUGUUCCUAUCACGUGGGGUCAUGCUCGCAAAAAGGGGGCAAUAGGACUAUACGCAAUAAUAACAUCGAUAUUAAUUCAUUAGAGGCGAAAAUUUCAUUGGAUUGAGGUAUCUUAUGUAGAGUCGACAGUAUUCUCCACUGACAUCUCAAUCUCAAGUAUUGAUAACUUGAAAAAAAAAGACUAAGUCAAGUUCACUUCAUCAUUUUCGUAUUUAAAAUAUAUUUUUGACAGGAUUUUUACUACCGAAACGAUAUUGAAAUCCAAUUGAUAUUUUUUAUACUGGGGACGAAUGCAAAAUAAAUGAUAAAUAUAAAAAAAACGCGAUUAAAAAAUUUUUUUUUUAAUUUGAUGAACACUCGAAGAUAUUAUUGAUGCAUAAUAAUCCAAUUAAUGAUUAGGUUGCACCCAUGACUUUUGAUAUUAAAAAAUAACCCAUGUAAAUGAAAAUAUUCUAGUCGAUAUUGGUGUCUGAUCUAGAUAUUCAAGAGAUGUUGAACUCAAAUCUGUUUUUGUAAUUUGUAAAAUGCAUUUUCAAUAAAAAUGAAAUAAAAUCAAAUUUUAUUCGGGCUUA